GCCAGUAAACACCAAAAAAGAAGAAGAAGAAGAAGCUCUUCCGCUGUCUCCCCUACUGAGCUCUCGCUGAACAGUGAGUGACCUUCUCCGUGUGGUCCAGUGCACUUAUAUACUAGAGAUGGCAGGUGGUGCAUUGGCUGGCUGGUGGACUAAGGUGGCCCCCUACUACACCAAAGCAUACCAGGAGAUGUGGGUUGGUGUAGGAAUCAUGACUUUCAUGUACUACAAACUUUCAUAUGGAGGAAAGAAGAAAGCAGUGCAGUCAAAGCCUGCCCACUGAUUGGACCACCGGAGCAUCAUUCCCCAUGUCCUCUCUGUAAAUCUUCCCCUGAAUAUCUGUAUUUUGCUUUAUGUAACCAAUAAACCGCUUGAUUUGGAUCACACUGUAGACAAUUCACUGCUUUCUGGUCUUUCACUCUGUCUUUUGCAGGAAAUUCAUAUCAGCAAACAUGAAACUGUUUGGUUGUUAACUUAUGGAAUAAAACUAUUAAAGAA